AAUCUUCCCCAGGAGUGACAGAGGUGACCAUUAUAGAAAAGCUGCCUGCUGAACGUCAUAUGAUUUCUUCCUGGGAACAAGCAAUGUCCUGAAACCACCUGCGCAGGGGUGAUUGCUGCCCACAGGACUGGGUCUUCCUCACCACUCAACAGUGCCACACAGACGUCACAGGCCACGCCUAUUGAAGAAAUUCCCAGUUGUGUCCUCUUCCCAGACCCUGUGUGCAUUUCAUCCUCUCGUGCUCAUUCUUGUGGUUUGUGAUCUGCUGCCCUCAAAGUGCUGACUCUUUUAUGUGUCUGCUCUGCUGUUCCUUGUGUGUAAGGUCGAUGUGUUUUUAUGAAGGGUUUCUGAAGAAGUCUGCUGCUGGAUUUAUUUUACUUUAAGGUAGAAAAAGAUCUACUGGUAGACAGAUGCUGCUGCUCGGCAGGAGCUGGGUUGGGUGCGAGCACAACCUGUGCUGUGCUUUCUUCAGGCAUUGCUGGGGCGCGUGGUAACCCAAGAGUUCCCCAAACCAAACCCAGAGGCUGCUAAGAUGACUGAUAGAAUCAUGCCUGUCACCUAGAGUUCAAGGCAGGAAGAAAACCUAAGGGAGGUCAAGACUCUCCAUUAAGAAUGGCUGGAAGAGCUGGCUUCCUCUUCAGCUAAUAUGUCAUGCCAGAUCCUGGACUGCUUUACCGAGUCACAUACGUAGACCAAGUCAAACUAGUGACUGCUUGCUGACCCCGGUACUUCUGUAGUAAUCUGAUAGAAAAACAACUGUGUGAUGCCUGAGGACAUGAGGAACUUUUACCUGAUGACCAAUGGCUUUCGUAUGACGUGGAAUGUGAAGCUAGAUGAGAACAUCAUCCCACUGGGGAGCAUGGUUAUCAACGGCAUCUCAAAGCUGACUCAGCUCAGCCAGUCUUCCCUGUAUUCACUUCCUAACGCACCGACGCUGGCAGACCUAGAGGAUGAUGAUGAAGGCAAUGAAGACCAGCCAGAGAAGCCUCACUUUGACUCUCGAAGUGUAAUAUUUGAGCUAGAUUCAUGCAAUGGGAAUGGGAAGGUUUGCCUUGUCUACAAAAAUGGGAAACCAGGAUUACCUCAUGACACUGAGAUCUGGUUCCUGGACAGAGCAUUAUACUGGCAUUUUCUCACAGAUACCUUUACUGCCUACUAUCGCCUGCUCAUCACCCACCUGGGCCUGCCCCAGUGGCAGUAUGCCUUCACCAGCUAUGGUAUCAGCCCACAGGCCAAGCAAUGGUUCAGUAUGUAUAAACCUGUCACUUACAACACAGACCUGCUCACGGAAGAGAGUGAGUCCUUCGUAAACAAGCUGGACCCCAGCAAAGUGUUCAAGAACAAGCUCUCAGUCCCCAAAAAGAAAGGGACUGUGCAGCCGGCAGGUGCCCAGAAAGGGCCUGGGCCCUCAGCUCCCCCUACCCCGAAACCCUCCUCUGGCUCUGGAAACCCUGUCCGAAAAUGAGCACCACUCAUCCUAGCUCUCCACUAGCCCUGUGAAUCAAUGCACAGAUGGCCCUCAAAGUCUUUGUGUGUCUGUGACUGUAAGCAUCCUCCUGAGUGACCAAUGCUCUAGGCUUUUAUUUCCAGUGUCGUUAGCCAGAACUUGAAAAAGUCAUAUCCUCAGCUACAUUCGCACCUCCUCAAGUAUUUACGUGUCUCGUAGAUUCCAUAUUGGACAACUCAGAGAUACAGGACAUUUCUAUCAAAUGUUUGGACAGCGUUUCAUAAGGAUAUUUUCUUACAGUUCUUCAGGUCAGUUUGUUUUUGCUGUUAGGUACGGUUGAUGCCUUAUCUUGACAGGCUGUGUGAUGUUUUAUAAAAACUCUUAAAGAUACAAUUUUAUGUUCUUUACGUCCUGUCCCACAAACAGAUCUCACUUGGGUCAUUUCUUGCUAAUUUUCUAUAAAGUUCCAUGUUCCCGA